AUGACAACGGUCAAAGCUUCGGAUAAGCGUGAUCAGCAGCAAGGGUUCCCCACAAGCCUGUACUGUACACCGACUGCAACACCUGACGCUUACUUACACAACAUCGAGAUCUCCGAUGAUUACGCUCAUAAAUCCUCACUAAGACCACAAGAUGAGAUUCCCAGGCACACCUUCGGCACGAUCAACCCCCGGGAGAAGUGGGACAUCAACUGGAGCGAUGUGGCGCCAGGAAAGCCUCGCCAGGCCAACUUCUGGCUCACGCACUACGCGCAUCAACCCGAGUUCCAGCCCAUCAAGCUCAACGAGGAGCCGGUAGAUAUCCACGAAGAAAGUCGAUAUCAGGUUCAGCCGCGCUACGAUGUGCCAUGCGCGAACGGAUGGCGGAUCUGGGCGAUGGAACCCUCGAAGGACCCGGUGAACAAUAAGGACCCUAUCGCCGAGUCCGAGGAUCUGAACACUUCCUGCGGGGGAGGAGAGUCGGAGGAUUAGGACAAGCCGAAAGGUACUCGAGCUAUCCUGCUUCGAGGUAUCAUAUUCAUUUUGGGGGGGAGACAGGGAAAGCACCUAGUAUAUGGUAACCCUAAGCCUUGGUAUGAGUUUUCCGCUGAGAUAGGUUUUCCUCAUACCGUCAUGCAAAUGCAAAGGCUACCUACCGUAACAAC